GAGUUUUAUUCCCCCAGUUCUGGUACACGCCAGUUUUUAAGGCUGGAGGUUCUUGAGCGCUUGCUGCCAAGGACCCCCCCUCCCCCUCCCCCCCUGAUGGAGUCGGAGAUGCUGCAGCCUCUUGUGGGACUCGGGGAGGAAGAUGAGGCCGACGUUACAGAUUGGAACCUGCCUUUGGCUUUUAUGAAGAAAAGGCAUUGCGAGAAAAUCGAAGGCUCCAAAUCUUUAGCGCAGAGCUGGAGAAUGAAGGAUCGGAUGAAGACAGUCAGUGUGGCCUUGGUCCUGUGCCUGAAUGUGGGCGUGGAUCCUCCAGAUGUGGUGAAGACCACACCCUGUGCGCGAUUGGAAUGCUGGAUUGAUCCUCUGUCUAUGGGUCCUCAGAAAGCGCUGGAAACCAUCGGUGCAAAUCUACAGAAGCAAUAUGAGAACUGGCAGCCAAGGGCACGGUACAAGCAGAGCCUCGACCCCACUGUGGAUGAAGUAAAGAAGCUUUGCACGUCCCUGCGCCGGAACGCCAAGGAGGAGCGGGUCCUCUUCCACUACAAUGGCCACGGGGUGCCCAGGCCCACAGUGAAUGGAGAGGUCUGGGUCUUCAACAAGAACUACACUCAGUACAUCCCUCUGUCCAUAUAUGACCUGCAGACGUGGAUGGGCAGCCCAUCCAUCUUUGUCUACGACUGCUCCAACGCUGGUCUCAUCGUGAAAUCCUUCAAACAGUUUGCACUGCAGAGGGAGCAAGAGCUGGAGGUAGCUGCGAUUAACCCAAACCAUCCACUUGCCCAGAUGCCCUUGCCUCCAUCAAUGAAAAACUGCAUCCAACUGGCAGCCUGUGAGGCCCACGAGCUCCUGCCCAUGAUCCCCGACCUCCCAGCCGACCUGUUCACAUCCUGCCUCACCACUCCCAUCAAGAUUGCUCUGCGUUGGUUUUGCAUGCAGAAGUGUGUUAGUCUGGUGCCUGGAGUCACACUGGACUUGAUAGAAAAGAUCCCUGGCCGGCUGAAUGACCGCAGAACCCCUCUGGGUGAGCUGAACUGGAUCUUCACAGCCAUCACAGACACCAUCGCCUGGAACGUGCUCCCUCGGGAUCUCUUCCAAAAGCUCUUCAGACAGGACCUGCUGGUGGCAAGUUUGUUUAGAAAUUUUUUGUUGGCAGAAAGAAUCAUGAGAUCGUAUAACUGCACUCCAGUAAGCAGCCCACGACUCCCACCAACAUACAUGCAUGCCAUGUGGCAGGCCUGGGACCUUGCCGUGGACAUUUGCCUGUCUCAGCUGCCAACCAUCAUCGAGGAAGGCACCGCCUUCAGGCACAGCCCAUUCUUUGCUGAGCAGCUCACAGCGUUCCAGGUGUGGCUCACGAUGGGCGUGGAGAACAGGAGUCCGCCUGAGCAGCUGCCCAUUGUCCUACAGGUGCUGCUAAGCCAGGUGCACCGGCUGAGGGCCUUGGACUUGUUGGGACGCUUUUUGGACUUGGGUCCCUGGGCGGUGAGCUUGGCCCUGUCCGUGGGCAUCUUCCCCUAUGUGUUGAAGCUGCUCCAGAGCUCAGCCCGAGAGCUGCGGCCACUCCUUGUCUUCAUCUGGGCCAAAAUCCUGGCUGUGGACAGUUCCUGCCAGGCUGACCUCGUGAAGGACAACGGCCACAAGUACUUCCUUUCCGUCUUGGCAGACCCAUACAUGCCAGCUGAACAUAGGACCAUGACGGCUUUCAUUCUUGCUGUAAUCGUCAACAGCUACACAACGGGGCAAGAAGCCUGCCUGCAGGGGAACCUGAUCGCCAUCUGCCUGGAGCAGCUCAGUGACCCACACCCCUUGCUGCGCCAGUGGGUGGCCAUUUGCCUGGGAAGGAUCUGGCAGAAUUUCGACUCUGCGAGGUGGUGUGGGGUGAGAGACAGCGCCCACGAGAAGCUCUACAGCCUCCUCUCUGACCCCAUCCCUGAGGUCCGAUGUGCAGCUGUGUUUGCCCUUGGCACCUUUGUGGGGAACUCUGCUGAGAGGACCGACCACUCUACCACCAUCGACCACAAUGUGGCCAUGGUGCUGGCCCAGCUGAUCAAUGACGGGAGCCCCAUGGUCCGGAAGGAGCUGGUGGUGGCCCUGAGUCACCUUGUAGUCCAGUAUGAGAGCAAUUUCUGCACUGUAGCCCUGCAGUUCAUGGAAGAGGAAAAGAACUACCCCUUGCCUUCUCCAGCAGCUACAGAGGGGGGCAGCUUAACCCCUGUUCGAGACAGCCCGUGCACCCCCAGACUCCGUUCCGUGAGCUCCUAUGGGAACAUCAGAGCUGUCACUACAGCCAGGAACCUGAACAAAUCCUUACAGAAUCUGAGCUUGACAGAAGAAUCGGGCAGCUCGGUGGCCUUCUCCCCUGGGAACCUCAGCACCAGCAGCAGCGCCAGCAGCACCUUGGGAAGCCCUGAGAAUGAGGAGUACAUCCUGUCCUUUGAGACCAUCGACAAGAUGCGUCGUGUGAGUUCCUACUCGGCACUCAACUCCCUCAUAGGAGUUUCUUUCAAUAGUGUUUACACUCAAAUUUGGAGAGUCUUACUGCAUCUAGCCGCUGAUCCCUAUCCAGAUGUUUCUGAUUUGGCCAUGAAAGUCCUCAACAGCAUUGCUUACAAGGCGACAGUGAACGCCCGGCCCCAGCGAAUCCUUGACACAUCCUCUCUCACCCAGUCGGCCCCAGCCAGCCCAACCAACAAGGGCAUGUACAUCCACCAAGUGGGAGGCUCCCCGCCAGCGUCUAGCACCAGCAGCUGCAGCCUGACCAAUGAUGUAGCCAAGCAGCCUGUCAACCGUGACCUGCCCCCCAGCCGCCCGGGAACUGCGGGCCCCACGGGGGCACAGUACACCCCUCACUCCCACCAGUUCCCUCGGACACGGAAGAUGUUUGACAAAGGCCCUGACCAGGCCACAGAUGAUGCAGACGAUGCUACAGGACACAGAAGUUUCACUUGUGCCACGCUACAGACUGGCUUCUGUGACUGGAGCGUCCGCUACUUUGCCCAGCCAGUCAUGAAGAUCCCUGAAGAGCAUGACCUGGAGAGUCAGAUCCGCAAGGAACGCGAGUGGCGGUUCCUGAGAAACACUAGAGUCAGAAAGCAGGCACAGCAGGUCAUCCAGAAGGGCAUCACCAGACUGGAUGAUCAGAUAUUUCUGAACAGGAACCCUGGUGUACCCUCUGUGGUCAAAUUCCACCCCUUCACACCUUGCAUAGCUGUCGCCGACAAGGACAGCAUCUGCUUUUGGGACUGGGAGAAAGGAGAGAAACUCGACUACUUCCACAAUGGCAACCCUCGGUACACCAGGGUCACCGCCAUGGAGUACCUGAAUGGCCAAGACUGCUCCUUGCUGCUGACAGCCACAGAUGAUGGUGCCAUCAGGGUCUGGAAGAAUUUUGCUGAUUUGGAAAAGAAUCCAGAGAUGGUUACUGCAUGGCAGGGGCUCUCAGACAUGCUGCCAACAACACGAGGAGCUGGGAUGGUGGUAGACUGGGAACAAGAAACUGGCCUCCUCAUGAGCUCAGGAGACGUGCGCAUUGUCCGAAUCUGGGACACUGACCGAGAGACGAAAGUGCAGGAUAUCCCCACAGGUGCUGACAGCUGUGUGACGAGUCUGUCCUGUGAUUCCCACCGCUCACUCAUUGUGGCUGGCCUGGGCGACGGCUCCAUCCGAGUCUACGACAGGCGGAUGGCACUCAGUGAAUGCCGGGUCAUGACUUACCGCGAGCACACAGCGUGGGUGGUAAAGGCCUACCUGCAGAAGCACCCUGAUGGCCACAUCGUGAGCGUGAGUGUCAAUGGAGACGUGCGCUUCUUUGAUCCUCGGAUGCCUGAGUCCGUGAAUGUGAUGCAAAUUGUGAAGGGGCUGACAGCCCUCGACAUCCAUCCCCAAGCAAACCUGAUCGCCUGUGGCUCCAUGAACCAGUUCACAGCCAUCUACAAUGGAAACGGGGAGCUGAUCAACAACAUCAAAUACUAUGAUGGGUUCAUGGGCCAGCGAGUCGGGGCCAUCAGCUGCUUGGCUUUCCACCCACACUGGCCUCAUCUGGCAGUCGGGAGCAAUGACUACUACAUCUCUGUGUACUCUGUGGAGAAGCGGGUCAGAUAGCAGCAGCACCCGGGACCCCUGCCAGGCUGCAGCCACCCUCUGCUGUACAUAGUGAACCAAGCUGCACUGCUCGGGUGCAGUGCCCACCUCCCUGCCCGCCCUGCAAACCUCGGCUCCUGACAUGGCUGUGGCCAAUGAGGAGGGGCUUGCGCAUCUUUGUCUCUGUCUUCACUGUAAUGUACAAGUCCAGAGAAAGGGAGGGUUUGACUUCCCGCCAAGAACCAGCACCCAGGCGCCAAGGACCUCACGAUGCCUCUCAUGCAUCUUGGUCCUUUCCUGUCCUGUUUUCUUCAAGUUUUACAAAGGGAUACAAAGUGAUCAAAGCAUUAGUCACAGGACAGUCAGAGCCCUGUAGAAAGCUGUGUGUGGGGCUCUGGAGAGCCUCUGCCCAGCCCCGCUGUCCUCACAGUGUGGACAGGAGCUCCUCCGUGUAUGUGUGCUGGGAAUGGAGGAAAGCAUUGGGGGGGGGGCUCCCCUGCUGCCCAAGUAUGGAGUCUGAGCCUGGCCCUCCGGGGCACAGAGGCAGCCCAGCACACCCACCUCUUCACUGGGUUUGGUAGGAUGGUAUAAGGAAGGGGCCCCUCGGCACAGCUAGACCUCUGAGGUCCAGCCUGGGCCCACACAGGAUCUGUGACUCCGUGUGACUCUGGACAGGUGAGGCGGGUCUGCAGAAUUACUGCCUCACCCUGCCAGGCAGUGUCGUUCGCAAGAGCUUCGCCCCCAUAGGGCAGUAGCAGACGCCCGGCCCCAGCUCCCUGUUUGUGCCAUGUUUGUGCCACACACAGGCACACACGCAUGCAGGCACGCAGCCUCCCCAUCCAUGCCCAAGCACAUAUGGGUGCCCUGGUCUUCCUGUCUGUGUGCACUUAGGGUGUGCACACGUGCAGGCCCACAGCCUCCCCUCCUGCACACGUCACAGGUGUCCUCACCUGCUAGCCUCACACUGGUCACACAGAGGCUCAGAGACUGCACUGCACCCCAGAGGCAAGUGGGCAGCACCAGCCCAUUGAUGCUGUGAGUUAGGUUACGUGAUGCAAUCUGAUGUGGAAGCUUCUCAGCGGUGUGUGUGCUGCUGUGCCUGGCGAGUGUCUCUGUGCACACACAAGUGAGGGGCGGUGGCCAUUUCAGCCCUGGAUGGAGCACUGCAUGGCUGAGGAGCUGCACACAAACAGGCACAGCACAGAAUGACGUUCUGAAAAGCAUUUUCCGUUUUCCCUGGGAACCAGGACCUUUCAGAGGACAAAGUGGCUUAAUCAGUUCUGCCAACAGGAGUCCAGUGACACGGGUGGGGACAGUUAGGGCAGAGGCUGGCUCCCCGUGCUGUGCUCAGCGGACUUGUUUGAGUGAAGAGCAUCUUCCAUGAGAAAGGAUCCAUGCGGGCGGUGCCGGGCUGACUCCAGGGUCAGAGGGGGCUGGACAAGCAGGACAGGAGACCCUUGUACCAGGAGGGGCUCUGGAGGAAGGCUCAUCCCCUUGUCUGGGCCAGACAGCAGCUGGACUCAGGAAGGAAGGCCUUAGAACCACCUGACCGCCCCAGGAGCCCACCUGCCCACUUCUGCAGGGCAAUCCAGUCGGGGACACGCCAGGACCUUCCAGCAGCUGAAGUCCAGAUGUGGUCCAGCUCAGUCCCUGGCUGACUGGUGGUUCUGCUUUGGCAGCACAGGGCCACCUGGAGGGUUGGGGUCGCCUCCCUCCCCUGGGGGACUGCAGAGUGUGCAUCUUGCCCAUGGGCUGGGCCUUCACAAGUCUGAUGCGAAAAUUCAAUCAUGAAACUAACCAAGGCUCAAGAGAGC